GUAUCGACCUACAUGCAAACAUGGCUGACACGGUAUAGUAUAGAUUAUACAAAAUGACACUGUAUACAAAUUUGUGCUGCUUUAAAUUUAAAAACAAUUGUGACCGACGUUUAAUUUGUGUAAAUUUGAUGACAGGUAGACUGGACCUAGAGUUACGCCUUUGAUUAGGCCUACCUAGUGGAAAUAUAAUGGAAUGUGCUAUUCAAGUUUGGGAAAAUGUCUAGUCGGAUGGCAAUCCAGAAGAGGGAGCUGCAUCUCAGCAACUGGGUGUGGAAGAGCCAGCUCCUGAAAUUAGGCCUACUGAAGAGUCUCAUUCUUUGGCUGAAGAACCAGCACAAAAAAGAGAAAGAAAACGUUCAUCAGACCCACCAGAAUGAAAUGUUUUUGGUGGCAUUUGAAAUAUUAGAAAAAUCUAGCAGUAAUGUUCCAAUUGAAGAUUCUUUCAAUUCAUUUGCGCUGCACGUUGCCAAUGAGAUUCUUCCUUAUGUGAAAAGAGAUAUAUUGGAUGUGCUAUUCAAAGCUGACACUGGGGGGUUCAACCAUCUUAUAAGCUCCUCACCUGCAAUGCCCUCAACUUCCUCGGCAAUCAAUCAUCCUUCAACAUCCCACAAUCCCUCUCCGUCAACUACAACCCUACAUUACAAUUACCGUAGAACAUCUACGAUGCCUGCUCCUCCUCCUCCCACAACACAUCAUACAAUUACAUUUAAUCUUGAUGAGGCAAUGCACAUGAUCGACCACCAGGAGGAGUUGUAGCUGUAAUAGGCUAGGAUAGGUAUGUUUUAUUGUAUCAUAGUUAUAUAUGUAUAAGGUCUUUGAAUAUGUAUAUAUUAUUUUCAUGUUUUAUAUUAAUAUUGUUGAUUCAGUACCAUUGUGCAUUAUGUCCACAUGACUAAGUUUGCAGGUUUAAUAAUGAAAAAUUCUCAAUCUGAUAUCGCAAUAGGAUUAUAAUAAUAUAAUGUUGUUUAUCCAAGUCAAUAAACAAUAUUUUGAAAAAUAUUUUGGGCUGUGACAUGAUGCAAACCUGAAAACAAACUAUUCAUUUUUUUAAAUUUCUAUGAUAUUAUUAUUACUGUAUUUUCGUUUUGUUAUUUCAAUUAAUUUUUAUAAUGAAACUUCUGAAUGUUUUCAAUUUUUUGUAUUUCAGCAAAUGAUUGUAAAUUUCACUACUUUAUCAAUUCAUUAGAAGUUAAUGAUGACAUUAGAGAAUAUAAACAUUUUAUCUGAUUACAUUUUUUUAAGAAAAAAUGAAUAUUUAUUAUUCUAAAUCUAAUUUUAUAACAUUGACUUAUUCUUGAAAAUAAAAUAAACAUUUAUUAUGCUGAAUAAGGUAAUAUUUUGUAGCUCAUGAUCUUGGUACCUGAUCUG